AGGCCAUGUCUGCAAAGCCCCCUGGCAGCAGCUGCCCUUGCACCCUGCUUGAUUUGUGCUCAGCUGGUGCCUUCCAGGGUGAUGUGACACAGCAGAGUAGAAUGCCUUGUGUUCCCUGUGCCUGGCAAUACGGCCAUCACCCCUGGACACAGGAGGAGCUGCCUGCAGAGGUGGCACAUGCCCUGCACACAUCUCCACCAUGAGCCCACGCAGCAGGACAGAACUGGGCAGGCAGCCAGGGCAGAGCCAUCCCUCCCCUUCCUUUUCCCAGAAUGCAGCCUGGACACCCAAAGCAGGGCCACUGCUCUGCAGCUGGUGUCCCCAGGUGCCAUCCCCAGGGGCUGGAGGUGCCCAAGAGGGCUCUGAGCAUCCUGCACAGGGAGAUACAGACUCCUCCAGCACUCAGGGGCUCUUAUCAGCCACCUGCAGCUGGGCUGCAGCAGACCCUGUGAUGUAAACAGGACUGGGCACUGCAGGAACAGGAGGAAUUGCCAAAUUCAAGUGUUGGAUGAGGUCCCACAUGGGCUGGCAGCUUCAGGGCAUGGGAGGUCAUUGCCCAGAGGAUGGGAGGGAGAAGCUUGGUGGGGUGGUACCCAGACAAACUCCCAGGUCUGCUCUCCAGGCCAUCCAGCCCCUCUGGACUGUGCCCUGCUCACUCAAACAGGCUGGAAGUGCUGGGCAAGCUGGGUCCAGCCAUGGGCAGAUGAGGGGAUCAGAGGAGUGGGAAGCAGACUGCAGACCCUUCAGCCCAUCUCAAACCUGCUUUCCUGGAGUCAGCCUGCAGGCUGGGCAGGCAGUCCUCGAGUCUUGGAAUUCCCACUUUCAGCACUGAAUCCUGUCUCCCCCCCUGCUGAUUGACUGUGGAUAUGCUGGCAUCCAGGAUGGAGGCAGUAGAAAGUGAGACCCUGAUUGAUGAGGUGGAGGAGAUGAGUGGAAGAGCUGACGUGACUCUGGACCCAGACACCGCCAACCCCUUCCUCAUUCUGGCCAGUGACCAGCGAGGGGUGGGGCGGGGGCACGAGUGGGCCUUGCUGCCCGACAGCCCCAAGCGCUUUGACACGGAGCCGUGCGUGCUGGGCAGCCAGGCCUUCGCUGCAGGGAGACACUGCUGGCAGGUGGAGGUGGCCGAGGCAGGGGACUGGUGGGCAGUGGGAGUGGCCCAGGAGUCUGUCAGGAGAAAAGGGGUCCUCGGUUUUACGCCCCAGGAGGGGAUCUGGGCCGUGGGGCAGUGGUUUGGACAGUACCACGCUUUCAGUGAUCCUGACUGGACCCCGCUGCACCUUCCCUGCCUCCCCAGGGCCAUCCAGGUCUGUCUGGACUUCACAGACAAGCAGGUGACUUUUGCUGAUGCUGAGAGUGAAGCCCCAAUCUUUGCUUUCUGCCUGGCCUCGUGUGCUGGGGAGAGGCUGCGCCCGUGGCUCUGGGUGGGGAUGGACUCGUGGCUCAAGCUGUGCCCCUGACAGGGAGGGAACGUGAGGGGCAGGGGAGAGGCUGGAAAGGCAAACGCCAUCCAUCACCUUGGGUCCUGGUGCUGGGAACUGAGAGGGUCCUGCAUCCUGCUGGCUUCUCCUCAUGAGUAUCCUCUGGCCCCCAAGGAGAGGACGGGCAGCUCAUGGAGGUGGAUGCCACAACAGAGCCUCCUUUAUCCCCCCACCCCUCGGCUGGGACUGCGGGGACAACAGGGAGCACAGAGACUGGGAGCAGGGAGGAACUUGGUGCCCUUGGUCCCCUGGCAGGGACCAUCACUGAGUGCCAGGGCACUGCAGAGCUGCUCUGUACGAGGCCAUGGAAAAUAUAGCAGGGUCCAGCUCCUCCCAGGGUGCUGGUGUAGUGCCCUCUGGCUUUUUUCAAUUAAGUUAAAAAACCCCAAACAUAGCUGGAUACCCAUGAUAACACUUAUCUUCCCCACACAUCCAGAGCCUGUCCUUGCCUGAUGUGCACCAAGCACGUUUCUUGCAGCAGAGCACUGGGAGCAGUGCAGGGGCAGCAGCAGGAGCAGCUCAGGAAGGAAAGCAGAAUGCUGAGCUGGGUCUGAAACCCACAGGAGAGGCAGCAAUCCACAAGAACGGCCACAGAUCUGCCAUUCUCAAGGCCCCACCUCACAGGAUCCUGCUAAAUCCUGUCCUUAGGAGAGGAGAAGGUGAAGAGGGACAUUGCCUGGGUCCAGCCUAGAUUUCAUCAUUUCUUGUUGGACCUUCUUUACUGCCACUUCAGUUGUCAUCGUUGUGGUGGCAUCUGGGCACAGACAACAAUAUUGGCCUCCCUGCUCUACUCCAGGGGCUGCAGAGUUGCAGGACUGGGUCAAGGCCAGGUAUCUGCCCCCAGAGCUCUGCCCUAAGCCUCUUCCACUGUGGUAGCAUCAAGUCUGGGGAAACCCAGGGUUCUCUGCUCCCACAGAGGCACUUCCUACUGUCCAUGGGCAGGAGCCUCUGAGACUGUCCUAUUUUGCUUGGGAUAGAGUUCAUUUUCCUCUCAGUGGCCAGCCCAGUGCUGGCUUUGGGAUUUAGGGUGAGGAUAAUAUUGGUAGCAACAAUCCAACCAUCAGGCAUGUGGUGUUUACGUGGCCUUCUCUGUGCCUCUUGCUCUGCCAGCGAGGAGGGAAGCUGGGGGGGAGCAUAGCCAGGACAGUGACCCAAACUGGCCAUUCAGAUAUUCCACACAAUAAAACAUCCUGCCCAGUGUGUAAACUGGAGGAGCUGCUGGUCAGGGGCUGAUGGCUGCUGGGAGACAAGCUGGGCACAGAGCAGCAGGUGCUGAGCACCUACAUUGGGCAUCACUUGUUCCACUUGGGGUUUAUAUUUUUUUCAUUACAAUUAUUAUUAUCAUUAGUAUUAUUAUAUAUUACUUUUAUCUCAAUUAUUAAACUGGUUUUAUCUCAAAUAAAAAGUUUUAUUUCCCCCAUCCCCCUUGGAGGGUGGUGUGUGACUGAGUGGCUGUGUGGUGUUUAGUUGUCAGCUGGGGUUACACUGUGACAGAGGUUCAUAGCAGAAGAUUGGUGUAUGGAGAUGCAGAUUGUCAGUUCUGUAUUUUUGUCCUUUGUCAUGCAAAACGUCCCAAAAGAGCUGUGCUGUGCAUUUAGGGCCACCUACCUCAUUCAAGAAGAAGAAAUUCCUUUCUGAAAGCCAACUAAGUCCCUCAGACUGGAGAAAAGUUGGGUUUUUCAACGGAUUGGUGUCUGGGAACUUCUUCACUGGAAUUUUGUGGUCUGGAGGGAGUAAAUAUUUUGCACUGGUUUCCUUUUUGAUGUGUCUCCCAAAAAUUAAAUUUUAAAAAAUCUCUCUGGGAGUUGAGUUACGUAAUUGCAGCAUUUGUGUGAGAAAUACACAGUUUCAUGUAGCAUUGCACCACAAAGACUCAGGGGAGCUUAAAUUCAGCUCUCAUGUGUUAGAGGUCUCAGCAUGUUGGAACCACAGCGGGUAGGAAGGGUAAGGAACCCCGGGGUCCUUGAGCAAGGCUGGACCCACGUGGGCUCUGAGUGGUUCUGGGGAGGCAGUUGGGGCUGGGGGUUUGUGCCACAGCCAGCACAUGGCAGCA